GUUGUCAGGUGGCGGCGCCGCAGCCAUGGAAGGAGGCGGCGGCGGCUGCUCCGGCGGCUGCGCUGGGAGGCGGCGGUAAGCGGCUCCCACGCCCCCGGCCCGGCCCCGGGCCCCCGGGACGGAGCGCCGAGCAGUCCCGGCUCCGGGCUACGGACUAUGGGCGAGCAGCGCUGACCACCCGGGGAAGAGAACACCCAGGCUUCGAGGGUCCACCAUUAUACAGCCAAUGAGGACAGAGCUGGGAUUUCCAACCCACACAUAGCUGAGAAUGAAGCGGAGAGCAUCAGACAGAGGAGCUGGGGAAACGUCGGCCAGGGCGAAGGCGCUAGGAAGCGGGAUCUCUGGAAAUAAUGCAAAGAGAGCUGGACCAUUCAUCCUUGGUCCCCGACUGGGCAACUCACCAGUGCCAAGCAUCGUGCAGUGUCUGGCAAGGAAAGAUGGCACAGAUGACUUCUAUCAGCUGAAGAUCCUGACCCUUGAGGAGAGAGGGGACCAAGGCAUAGAGAGCCAAGAGGAGAGGCAAGGCAAGAUGCUGCUGCACACAGAGUACUCGCUGCUCUCCCUCCUCCACACUCAGGACGGUGUGGUGCACCACCACGGCCUCUUCCAGGACCGCACCUGUGAAGUUGUCGAGGACACAGAAUCCAGCCGAAUGGUCAAGAAGAUGAAGAAGCGCAUCUGCCUGGUCUUGGACUGCCUCUGUGCACAUGACUUCAGUGACAAGACCGCCGACCUCAUCAACCUGCAGCACUAUGUCAUCAAGGAGAAAAGGCUCAGUGAACGGGAGACCGUGGUCAUCUUCUAUGACGUAGUGAGAGUGGUGGAGGCCCUGCACCAGAAAAACAUUGUGCACAGAGACCUGAAGCUUGGGAACAUGGUGCUCAAUAAAAGGACGCAUCGGAUAACCAUCACCAAUUUCUGCCUCGGCAAGCAUCUGGUGAGCGAGGGGGAUCUGCUGAAGGACCAGAGGGGAAGCCCUGCCUACAUCAGUCCUGAUGUGCUCAGCGGCCGGCCUUACCGUGGCAAGCCCAGCGACAUGUGGGCCCUGGGUGUGGUGCUCUUCACCAUGCUGUACGGCCAGUUCCCCUUCUACGACAGCAUCCCACAGGAGCUCUUCCGCAAGAUCAAGGCUGCCGAGUACACCAUCCCAGAGGACGGGCGGGUUUCUGAGAACACCGUGUGUCUCAUUCGGAAACUACUGGUCCUCGACCCCCAGCAGCGCCUGGCUGCUGCCGCUGUCCUGGAGGCUCUCAGUGCCAUCAUUGCAUCAUGGCAGUCCCUGUCAUCUCUGAGCGGGCCCUUGCAAGUGGUUCCUGACAUCGAUGACCAAGUGAGCAAUGCCGACAGCUCCCAGGAGGCGAAGGUGACAGAGGAGUGCUCCCAAUAUGAGUUUGAGAACUACAUGCGCCAACAGCUGCUGCUGGCUGAAGAGAAGAGCUCCAUCCACGAGGCCCGGAGCUGGGUGCCCAAGCGGCAAUUCGGCAGCAUGCCGCCGGUGCGAAGGCUAGGCCAUGACGCACAGCCCAUGACUUCCUUGGACACAGCCAUCCUGGCACAGCGCUACCUGCGGAAAUAGCAGCCUCAACCAGAGGCACCAGCACCACCGCCACCUCUUCCAGCCCCAGGCCCAAGACCUGGCUGUCAGGGCUGGGCCCUGUAGUGUUGGACUCUCCCGGCUGCAUCGGGACAAGACAGGGAUGGGGACAGCCCAGGUCACACGUAGGGUCAGCAGAGGUACCACAAAGCUACCUUUUGGGAUGAUUGCUUGAUUGUUUGGUUUUUAAAUCUGAGAAGCCUAGAUAACUAAUCUGCUUUUAAUCAUGACGUUUUAAUCUACCUCUGUCUCUUUAACCAUGCUGUCUCUGGACUGAGUGAAAGGGAGGAGGAGGGAGCCCACCUGCCCACCCUGGCCUGACCCCACAGUCCAAAUAAGCUGAGAAUGCAGCUCGCUGCUGGCCCCACAUGAGCACCAUGCGCCCUGCUUCCUCCCUUGGGCCCCCCUGCCCAGCCUGUCUCCCUCCCUCCUGACCCUAGGCCCCUCAGUCUAAGCUUUGGAAAACCUUCACCUCAUCUUAAGCCGAAUUCAAAUAUAUUUAUUUUUUUACUAUAACAAACUUCUCUCCCAUCUCUAGGUGGCUUGGUCCAUGGCCACUCCCUGUCCCCAGCCCACCAUGGGCUCCCUCCUCACCCCAGGCACGGAGAAGCCCUCCUGCCGGCCUCUGUCUGCUUUCAGCCCACCAGUUCCUGUUUCUGGUGGUAGGGAGGCCUUUCUAGACCUGGCUCUUUCUCUUGUCUCAGUAGCUUCUCUGAGGUGCUGUGCACACGCAUUAACCCUGUUUCCUUCUCCAUCCUUCACUGUGGUACCGAGGUAACGUGGACUUGCAAUGUGAAGGGGGCACAGUAGUCGGGCCAGGAAGCGCUAUGUACCUGCCGUGGCCCUGCCUGCAGCUCUCUGCCCAGGCUGUGUUCAGAGGAUAGUGAGGCAUCUCCUCCCCUGUGCCCUUGCCUCAUAAUAGACAUGGUAUCUCUCCCAGCAGACCCUGGCCAGGGUCCUCCACAGAGCCUGGGGGACCCUGCCCUGCCUGGCACGAGAACAGCCCUGCUGCCCUUAUUGAGCCGAGAUUUUGAAGUGGAUGCCCAUCUUGCCAGAAAUGCUGUUCUCACCAGAAUGCCCUCCUUUUCCCCUCACUGGACUUGGCCCUGCUCAAUGCCAAGCAGAGACCCUUCCCCAGAGGCCUAUCCCUAUAGCCCUCAGAGAGGCUGAGUGUCCCUCCAGGCAGCCCUUGGGUCCUUUCCGCUAGCUCCCUAGUGGGAAGGCGGCUAUGUUCCCAGAGUGAGCUGCCCUCCUACCCCCAAAAAGCUGACUCACUGUGAGUGACCUUGGGCAAGUUCCCAAACCUCCUUGUGCCUCAGUUUCCCCAUCUGGAAAAAAUGGGGCCACCUCUUGCCAGCAGUAGCAGGGCUGCCCACGCCCCUUCUUCCCCAUGCCCCCAUCCGGCACUUGGGCACCUCAUGCCUCUGCCUCAGUGGGUCUGUGGGAGCCCACCUGAGCCCAGCACUUACUCCCCCUGAGCACUGAGCUCUGCAUCUGCCGCAGUCUAGCCACUGAGGGCCAAGGUAAUGUGCCGUGGGGUGGGGGAAUGCCCUCUUUUCUAUAUUUAUUUCAUAAAGAAACGUCUCCUGAGGGAGCAGAAAUGCAGGCCAGCUGGGGGUUCCCAGUCCUGACUGUCCUCCCGUGAGGGUCUAAGGCUUGGCCAGGGCCUAUCCCAGGCUCCCCUCAGGCCUGCUUUCCAUGUGUGGUCUUUCUCCUCCUUUUCAAAGCAAUAUCCUCCAGGUCUGCAAAGCCCUAUCAGACAGACUGGUCCCUUCCAAGGUCAACCUUUGUGUCUGAUUACAUUUCUGGAGAAGCAAAUGAGAGGAGGAUGGGUCUGCCCUCACUGGGUAUCACACACAACGCUGAGAGAAGUCCUAUUGUAAAGAAACAAAACAAAAAAAAUCACAAAAAGUUUGUAUAAAGACAUAUUUUUGUACUACAUGGGGGACUCUUCCUGCAUGUCAGCAAUAAACUCCCUGAUCUGGA